UUCCAAGCUUAUUGGGUUGUUGGGUUUCUGAAUGUGAUGUGUGACUGUGUAUGGCCUACUGGCUUUUUUUUAUUAGUUAAUAUGAUUUCGUAUCUCAAGGGUUGCUUUUGGUGGUGGCCUACUGGGAUGGCAAGUAACAAUGGAUUUGUUCCUUCUGGUUUUUUGUUUUUGCACCCUUUAGGUUUUUAGUUGCCUAUGUUUAGGAUUCCUUUUCCCUCUUCUUUGCUUUGCUCUGUUAUUUGCAUAUGGUGAGUGAGUAAUUUUGAAGAAAUAUGAUGUUUAUACUUUGGAAAAUUUUGAGUUUGCUGUGGGACUUCUGUUCAGUUGACUUUUGAAUUCUUGUUCUGGAUCUCUUUUACCUCAGGCUAUUCUUGCUUUGCAGCCUUUUUGCUUGCACAUUCUACAUCAUUUCUUUCCUUGAAUUGGUUUUUUCUUUUCUGGGAAUUUUGUUGCCUUAUUUUCUGAAAUAUGAGCUCUCAACCAGUCAUUUCUGUGGUGGCCAAUCUACUUUUACUGAGUGGACUGCCCUCUCCAGAUCUGUGUUUUUGCCUGCUUGCUUAGAUGAAGGUUUCUUGUUUUGGAAUAGUUUGUUAUCUUGAUCGAAUGCCAGCUGCUUGGAGUCUCACUUUGGUGUGUAAUUUUGGGGUUCCUUGAUUUUAGAGAAAGUCCAUAUAGGGCUUAACAGGAUUUUCCAGGCAUUGCAUCCGUGAUCUCUGUGCCAACUGAGAGGAUUAUCUGUAGUGGUUUGAAAAUGUAUCUGGUGGAAAGCAAAGGAGGUGCCAUAGCCUGCAUGCUGCUGGCUCUGUUCUUUUUGGGCACAUGGCCUGCUAUCAUGACACUACUAGAAAGACGAGCCCAGAGCAGCCAAAUUUUAUUGCUCAACUUUCCCAGGAUAAUUGGCCCUCCGUUUUGUUUGCAAUGGCCGGUGGGGUGGUUCUCAGCCUUGGAAAUUUGUCUACACAGUAUGCUUGGGCUUUUGUUGGUUUGUCAGUGACAGAAGUGAUCACUGCGAGCAUUACUGUUGUUAUAGGCACAACCUUGAAUUAUUUCUUAGAUGACAAAAUCAAUAGAGCUGAAAUCCUUUUCCCAGGUGUCGGUUGCUUCUUAAUAGCUGUUUGUCUUGGAUCAGCUGUCCACUCGUCCAAUGCUGCAGAUAAUAAAGCAAAGCUCAACAAACUUAGAAAGGCUGGAUAUUCCUCCGCAUCAAAAGAGGCAACUACAAAUAAGGAAUUAGAAGAUCUGGAGAAUGGGAAUGGCACUACAGAGAAGGCAAAGGCAGGAACUGCUGACUUCCUUGUAGAGCUAGAGAACAGGAGAGCAAUUAAGGUGUUUGGGAAGAGCACUUUCAUUGGGCUGGCCAUAACUUUCUUCGCCGGUGUUUGCUUUUCUCUCUUCUCACCAGCAUUCAACCUGGCAACUAAUGAUCAAUGGCACACUUUGAAGGAAGGGGUUCCCAAGUUGGUUGUCUAUACUGCAUUUUUUUACUUUUCAGUCUCCUGUUUUGUACUUGCCCUCGUCCUAAAUAUCACCUUCCUCUACCGCCCUGUAUUAGACUUGCCCAGAUCAUCAUUUAAGGCUUAUCUCAAUGACUGGAAUGGCAGAGGCUGGGCCUUUUUGGCCGGGUUACUGUGUGGGUUUGGGAAUGGUCUCCAGUUUAUGGGAGGCCAAGCUGCAGGAUAUGCAGCAGCAGAUGCUGUUCAGGCACUUCCACUUGUGAGCACAUUUUGGGGCAUACUUUUGUUUGGAGAAUACCGAAGAUCAUCACGAAGAACAUAUAUAUUGCUCGGUAGCAUGUUGUUUAUGUUCAUUGUGGCUGUCGCGGUUCUCAUGGCAUCAUCAGGGCAUCGAAAAUGAGCAUGCAGCUGUAAGUUCUUCUCUGGGGAUUCCAGUACUCAUGGCUUGAUGAUUUACUUAAAUGCAAAGCAUUUGCUUGGUUCUGAUGCUCUGAUGCACAUGUCAAGAAAUUGUUUGGCAGGUGCUUCCAAGCACUGCAAGUAGAUUAUUCCUUGUACUUGUUGGUAGGAAAACACGCACACAAACACAAAGGCAGACAAGCAGCAUUGCUAAUGAAGAUUGAAGAGGUGGUGGAAAGAGAAGUGGGAUGGAAAAAGUUCCAGUAAAAAUGUAAAAUAAAUGAAGAAAAAUAGUUGAUAAUUAUAUUUCUCUUUACAAUAAAUCCCAUUUGAUUCUUUGUGAUA